AGUCAUAACAUCUCUCCAACCCAAACGCAUAUUCAAUCAAACCUAAAAGGCCAUCUCUCCUCUCUCUCUACAAUUAUUGCUUUCGUAUUCGAAUUCAUCAAUGGCGUUCAACAGAAUGAUCCCUCAGCGCCUCCUCAGCAUGUCGAGGAUGACGAACCCUGCCCUCACGAAUUGCCGCACUUCCUUACCGCGCACCGCCGUCAAAUCGGCCGCGCUGAGCCAUCAGACGUCGCCCAAUAAUAUCGCCCCUGAUCCCGGAGAUGACGGUAUAUUCCGCCGAUAUCUCCACCGCCAAUCGGCAGCGGCUCCUUCCGCGGCCCGAUUCCUUCCUUCCGGCGAGAAGCUGCUGGAGAAGAUCCGCGAGAUGGACAUUGCCAGAGACAGGAUCAGGCUCGACGGCCUGCGGCGGCCGGAGGCGGUGGAGGAGUCGCCUCAGGAGAGUAUGACGGUGACUGACGCGAGGAAAAUUCUCAGGCUGUCGCAGCUCGAAAUGGUGAAGGCGAAAUUGAGGCGGAUGGAGAAGGAUUGCGUCUCGUAUCCGGAAUUUCUGGAGAUUUGUGCCGAGCAGUGCCUGAGUCCGGAAUUAGGGCACGAAUUCGCGAAAAUACUCGAUGAAUCGGGGAGUGUGAUUGUCCUCGGAAACGUCGUGUUCCUCAAGCCUGAGCAGGUGGUGAAAGCAAUCCAAGGACUAGUGCCUCUACCUCCAAAACCUGAGGAUCCAAGAAUGAAGGAGCUGGAAGAACUGGAGAAGCAGAAGGUGGUGAUUGACAGGCAAGCAGAGGCCUAUGUUCGUCGCGAGCUCUGGGUUGGAUUAGGGUACCUCGUUGUACAGACGGCUGCCUUCAUGCGGCUAACGUUCUGGGAACUGUCGUGGGAUGUGAUGGAGCCAAUUUGUUUCUAUGUAACAUCAAUGUAUUUCAUGGGAGGCUAUGCCUUCUUCCUGAGAACGUCCAAAGAGCCCUCGUUCGAGGGCUUCUUCCAGAGCAGGUUUGGCGCCAAGCAGAAGCGCCUCUUCAAGGCGCUGCAUUUUGAUGUGGAGAGGUAUGAUGAGCUGAAGAGAGCUUGCCAUCCCCUGCAGACAAGGGAAACUGCUGCUGCUCUUUCCUUUGCUUCUCCAACUCAUAGUGCUUGAUCAUCUUGGUUGAAAUCCAAAGAUGAGAUCAGAUACAAAUGCUUUAAAUCAAAAUAUACCAAAACAAAUUUUUAUUUCUUUUAUAAUUUAUGUAGAAGCCCCUUUAACAGAUUGUUAAGAUGUGUUUUACUGCCGUCCUAUGUAACCAUGGGCUUGUAGAUUAGAUUCAUUAUAUUUGUAGGAAAUUAAGUUAUCGAUUAACAUAAAUCUUCUUUCAUUUAUCAAUAAAAAAUAUUACCAUA